AAAAUGGAACACACCAGCAGUGUGAGGAGACCUGAAAGUGGCACAUGGCAGAGUGUGGCGAUGGAGACAGCAGCAGUGGCACCGUAUGGCAGAGACACUGUGGACCUGGCAGCAGCAGCAAUGAGGAGGCCGUACAGGGACCCAUGAGAGAGAUUAGGGGCCUGGCAGCAGCAUGGAGAGGACCCUCUGCGGCACCCUAUGGGGAGGGGCAGUGUGAGGAGACCUGAAAGUGGCACAUGGCAGAGUGUGGCGAUGGAGACAGCAGCAAUGGGAGGCCGUACAGGGACCCAUGAGAGACUCUGGACCUGGCAGCAGCAUGA